CGACCCAAAGAGCACCACCUGCUACAACUAACGAGGGGUCUCUUAAUAAGAGGUCUGAACAAGCAGAUAUUUGUAGGGGACCAGAGAAAUGGAUUCCUGAGCCAAACAAGAUCGAACAUGCAGCUACAACAGGACAAUCCCCAUCGGAAAAACACGCGCCGCCUUUGCUGCAAACUCUGA